CAACUAGAUUGGAUAUUUAAAGUAGUUUCAACGAAAUUAGCUCGUUUAAUCAACUAUAAUAUUUUCGAAAGUUUAGCAGAAGUGUUAAUUUUAUUUGAUCCGUAUAAUGGGUGAUCAAGAAGUAUUAAGUUCAAAUGAUAUCGAAUUUUUAAAAGCAAUUUCGAUAAAAUUUACAAAUGAUAUUUUAUGUGAUGUAUUAAAAAACUAUGCUGAAACCGAUAAUGUUCAGUUAAAAGGUAUAAAUUUAGGAGCGAAUAAUUUUAAGAAAGGCGAUUCGUAUUUAUCAACUUUAAAUCGUUUUACGGUGAUUGGUACUGUUAAAGAUUCUAGUGGAGAUCGAGUGAUUGAAGCUCCAGUUGUAGUAAAAUCAAUACCGAAAAAUAUUGCAAGGAGAAAAACAUUCCGAUCUAACGAAUUUUUCGAAACCGAAAUAAACUUCUAUACAAAGGUUUGGUCGAGAUUACUGCAAUUCCAAAAAGAAAAAAAUAUUGUUGUCUGUAACAGUGUACCGAGAUGUUUGGCAGCAGUGUGUGAUGGAGAAAAUGAUAUUCUUGUAUUGCAAGACAUUUCUCCAGAAAAUUUCAAAGCACUUGGGCGAGAAUGUCGUAUUGAUUUAGAACAUUGCUUACUUGUGAUUCGGAUGUUUGCAUCAUUCCAUGCAGUAUCCUUUGCUUUUAAAGAUCAACAUCCUGAUGAAUAUGAAAAGAUCGCUGUUCAUUUAAAAGAAACCUAUUACGCCGAACGUUAUCGUAAUUGGUAUGGUACCUUUUUAAAAAAUUUGCUUGUUGUAUGGAUUGAUGCACUAGAAAAAGAAGUACCUGGUUCCAUAUAUGAAAAGAAAUUUAAAGAUCUUAUUGCGAAUGAUUUAUAUGGGCAAUUUAUUAAUUUGGUCGAAGAUAAGGGCAAAUAUGCCGUUGUCAGUGAAGGUGAUACUUGGUUACCAAACUUUAUGUUCCAAUACAUAGAUAAUAAACCAAAAGCAGUAUGCUUAGUUGAUUUUCAACUUGCCAGAAACAGUUCAUUUGUACUAGAUUUAUCAUUUUAUAUAUUUGCCUGUGUUGAUCCUUCAAUUAGACGCGAACAUUGGGAUACAAUUCUUACCGAAUAUCAUAAAACAUUUACAUCGGGUUUGGAAAAGUUAGGAUCCAAUCCUGGAUUAUUAACGUAUAAUGAUUUGAAAAAUGAAUUCGUUAAAUAUGGUAAAUUUGGUUUGGCCAUGUGUUUAGAAGCUGCACCAUUUUCAGUACUACCUGAUGAGGAAACUGCGGAUUUAGAUGCUAUGGAGGGUGACGAAGUAGUCGAUAUUGCAAGUGUUUGGAUAGUAAAUAAAAUUCCUCACCAAAAAGGACGAAUGGUUUUAGUAGAUAUAGUCAAGGAUCAAGUGGAUCUAGGUUUUAUAUAAAUUCGCAUUAUGGGAAAUAUAAAUUAGUUUUAAACGAUUUUAGUUUAAGGAGCGAAAAACAUUAAACAUUAUAUUAUAUUAUAAUUAAACAAGUAUUAAUCUGCUUUUGCUAUUAUUGUAUGGAUUAUUUUUCUAAUAUUUAUUUGUAUACGUUUCU